UCACUCGGAACCGAUCAUCCGUCAUUGUAGCUCACCCAUUGGAAACCAAAUUUGCAUAGCAUUGUGUGAUAUUCACCGUAGAAUUACUGGGGUAGACGAGGACAUUUCGCCCCUGAAGUGUGUUUAUUGUAUUUGUUAAGUGUGGUGUUCGUAUGAAAGAAUGAACAAUAUCUUCGACGGUUUUAAGGUUUUAUUGUGAUCUAGUGAAAGCUGAAUAUCCGUCAGGUUUCACGAGCGCCAUUGGGAGAUGUAACAUAAAGCUUAGGCUGUACUUUUACAAAGUACGUUUUAAUGAUUCUGUUUUAAAAAGACAAUGAGUACGCGUCCUCGGACCACAUCGAUCGCUGAGGGUGUUAAAUCUGGUUCUAACGCUCAGUUUGGAGGGAUGAGAACCAUAAAUAAAGAUGGAAGUAAAAUAACAACAGUGCUGGCCACAGCUGGGUCUGGCUCAGACAGAACUCAGGAAGUCUCCUAUACAGAUGCUAAAGUCAUUGGAAAUGGGUCUUUUGGGGUGGUAUACCAGGCUAAACUGGUGGAAACAAAUGAACUCGUGGCAAUUAAAAAAGUAUUGCAAGAUAAGAGAUUCAAGAAUAGAGAAUUGCAGAUUAUGCGGAAGCUAGAACAUGUUAAUAUAGUCAAGCUGAAAUACUUCUUUUAUUCUGCUGGUGAAAAGAAAGAUGAAGUGUUCUUAAACCUAGUUUUGGAGUAUGUGCCAGAGACGGUAUAUAGAGUAGCUAGGCAUUACAGUAAAUCGAAACAGACAAUACCAGUUCUUUACAUUAAGCUUUAUAUGUACCAAUUAUUUAGAAGUUUAGCCUACAUCCACUCGCAAGGUGUGUGCCAUAGGGAUAUCAAACCUCAGAACUUGUUGUUGGAUCCUGAAACUGGUGUUCUUAAACUGAUUGAUUUCGGAAGUGCAAAGGUAUUGGUGCGAGGAGAACCCAAUGUGUCCUACAUUUGCUCUCGUUACUACAGGGCUCCUGAGUUGAUUUUUGGUGCUUCAGACUACACCUGUCAAAUAGAUGUAUGGUCAGCUGGAUGUGUUUUAGCAGAACUGUUGUUAGGACAGCCUAUUUUCCCUGGGGACAGUGGAGUUGACCAGUUGGUGGAGAUUAUCAAAGUUCUUGGAACCCCAACAAGAGAACAGAUCCGAGAAAUGAAUCCCAAUUACACAGAAUUCAAGUUUCCUCAAAUUAAAGCUCAUCCCUGGACAAAGGUGUUUCGUCCAAGGACCCCUCCAGAAGCAAUUCAGCUGGUCAGUCGCUUACUUGAAUAUACUCCAUCUGCAAGGAUCUCUCCAUUGGAAGCAUGUGCCCAUACUUUCUUUGAUGAACUUAGAGAUCCUAACACCAGAUUGCCAAAUGGCAGAGAAUUACCACUUCUGCUUAAUUUCACUGCACAGGAGUUGGCCAUCCAACCUAACCUGAAUUCUGUCCUUGUACCUCCACAUGCCAGAAACGCAACUGAUCCUGGUGCCGUGGCAGGAGACAACAAUCCUGGUGGUGAUGGGGGAACCACUCAGGGCGCCACGGCUGCCACAGAACCUGUGUGAACUACUAGUCUUGCAAUGGCUUCUGUCUGCACGAGCAACUGACUGUUUUGGUAGCGUUUUCUUUGAUUGACAGUUUAUUGUAUGUUAUAUGUGGGAGCUUCUGUCAGAGACAUAUUAUUCACCCAUUGUAAGCUGUUGCAAGCAUAGCAAAUGUCACAAACAAAUCUGUGAUUUGCAUCAUAUAUGGAGUUGAUUUGAUGGAGAUUGAGUGAAUAUCCAUCAGUUGAAAGGGACAGUGAAUUCAACAUUUCCUUUUCUUCAACAAAUACCAAAAGAUGAUGGGGCUCCCACUGUAAAUUUUCCUGUGAUGAAUUAGUGUUUUUCUUUUCCUGAACCUAAUAACUUGUGGAUGGAAGACUUUUUGCCGGUGCAGAGAGGAACUUGGAAGAUAUCAUGGAGUUAGAAUUCAGGUUUCAACUGCCACUCUCCAAAAGUUGGAUGGCUUAUAUAUACAUUUGCUUGAUUUAAAUUGGAGAUUAGACAUACAGAUUUGUAUGAUUGCCAUUUUUUUCAGCUGCAUGUGUAGUGAUUAUUGCUACUAAGAUCAAUUUUCUGUAGAAAAGAGAGACAAAGAUUGUUUCUUGGAUAUCAAGUUGAUAUUAAUACAGUGCAUGAUGCAUAUCUUGAGAACAGAAACAUGACAUGUGUUAUUUGAAUUGAAUUUUCUGGAGAUAACUUUAAAAAUUUUCUUGGUUUCUAUUUGUUAAAUACUUAUUUGAUAUGGUGAGACUUGGUUGAUGUCUAGUGUAAUUGGGUAUUAUGAAGAUAAUAAUUUUCGUUUAUUAUCAUGUCAAUGUAUAUCAAUGGCACCAAAACACAGAUAACAUUUACUUCAAUCUUUACAUAUAUAUGUUGUUCAGAUGUUUGAAGGACGUAGGACUUCAAUAAUUACUGAACUUUAAAAAAGGCAUUUCACAUUCAGUUUUAAUCAGUGGUUGUAUGACUGAGGCAUGAAUGUUGCUAAAUCUUGUAUGUAAGAGUUUUUUUUUAUGUUGGGUGAAAAAUAGGCAAGAUAUUUAUAGAUGUUUUAAAUCUGAAACUAUUUAGUCUUGUUCGUAACUUAACGUAUUAGUGUAUAGUCAUUGUUUUUAUUGUUUAUAUACAUUUAUAAAUAUUGUUAUCGACUGUAAUUGACCUCAUUCAGAAAGAGAGUUAAAUAUAAGUUUAAACGAAUACUCCAAUUAAUCAACGUUUUCUGUAAAUGCAUUUGUUUUAUUUUAACUCCAUUUUGUUAAUAUGUAAGUAAUAAUCAAAGACAAUUUUAACUUUUUUAAAAUUGAAAUUGAGUAAAAAUUUACCAACUAUGCCCAGUCUGUAUUGAGAUCAGUUAGUCAUCUCUUAUGGAGUAUGUUUGGCUCCGAUCUUAAACUUGAACAUAUCUAGUCGUUUUACCUUUGUGAAUAUUUCCCAUCUUUAUGAAGGUGUUCCAUUAUUUCCAAAAAAAAAGAACUUAAGCUAUAUUAAAAGAAGUUUUGGUAAGGCAUGCUACUUUUGCUGUUUCUAUGUGGAAGAAAAACUGAAUACAUAUGAUGACCAAAAUUUUUUAUCAAAUUUCAAUAUAAACUUCUAAUCGUAAGGAGUCAACAUUGAAUUCAGUUCAGCUUUUCAAUAAUGCUGAACAUUAGGAGAAAAAAAAAUCCUCUGUAAGUAAGCAUUUGUUAACUCUUUGAUAUAAAAGAUGUAGUUACUAUUUUAUUUUGUAGAAUUGUAUACAGAACUUGCCAAACAGCUUUAAAAAAUAAUACAUAUGAACAUUGAUGAAGAUUAGAAUUUUCAAAAUUUCAUCAAAAAUAUAUUCUUUGUAAAUUUUAUAAAGUUUAUCUCUGUUACACAUGAAAGAUGCAGUACACAUUUUAUGUUUAUGUACAAAUGUAUGCAUAACUUGCCAAGCACUGGCAAAAGUUAGUCUAUGUAAAACAUUAGAAUAAUGAACAGUGAAAAUAAUUUUUCCAUGUUUUAUCAUGUUUAUACUAUAUCCACUUUCUGAUGGGAAAUGUUUUAUAGGCAUGUGUGUGACGGAAGGGUGUAGUAAUGGUGUUCAGUCUCGACAUUUUAUUAUGUGGUAGUGAUAACAAAGAUACUGCAUGCCUUGUAUCAUAGCUUUCUAUGUUUCAAAGAUGUUAUUUAAUCCUCACCAUUUCAUUCACCAAGUGAAUAUGAUACAACAUCUGUGUGAGUGCCGAGAUCAUUUGUAGAUAUAAACUUUGAAAAUGUUAACAAGAAUGCUAGAGCUCUGCAUCCUUUACUAUAAAUAUGAUUAAAAUGUUCUGGAAUACAAGUUUAACUUAGAAUAAAUGACUGAAAUGUU